AUGGUGAUACUACUUCAUCUAACCACCAAUGAAGCCUUAAUCCGGGCAGUAUACAACCAUAAUGGCAUCAGCCAAGAUUUUGAAGCUUUGCAUUCUGACUUUGGUCCUUUGCUCCGCACUGAAGGCCUCCUUGGUUAUCUCAUUGAAGCCAGGCCAGCCAACGCCUGCCAGCCAAUCAAAGCACCGCCUCUAUCCAAGAGCUUUCCAGUUGCCUACAUUGCUCUCAUCCAGAGAUAUGACUGUCCCUUCACUACCAAGGUCCUCCAUGCUCAGCAAGCUGGCUAUCACGCCGCCAUCGUGCACAACGUCAACUCACAAGCCCUUGUAAUCAUGAUGGGUGAAAAGGAGAUGAGGCAUCAAGUCAACAUCCCAUCCAUGUUUAUCAGCGAAUCAGCUUCCACCCAGCUCAAAAGGAUCUUCCAUUAUGACCAGACAGCCUACGUCAUCCUUAUUCCCGACUGCCAUUGGCUGUCCUGCUGGAAUCACAGAUCCAACUGCCAGUCCAGUCCCCACCAAGGGAAGCAAAGACAUUUGAAGCAGAUGUUCCCCUUCUUGUCCAAUCAGUGUCACAUCUCUGGAAGCACGCAUUACCUGCUCCUUGGUCUCAUGCUGGCGAUCUGGAUAGUAGCUUUCUACAUCAUAUGUUUUCUCUAA